AAUAGGCUUGUGAAUGUGUGUGCGCGUGCGCCACAGCCCGCGCUCUGUAGAAUGGCGGCAGCGGCGGCUGCUUGUGGUUCUCACGGCAGCACCACGGCAAAGACACACAAAGAACAUCCUCGAAAAAGUAAAGAUUCACGCCGGAGACAAGCGGCGCUGCUGUUUUUGAAUAACAUCUCUCUAGACGGACGGCCUGUCUACGCUCUCGGUAAUGGCCUCAGAGACACCUGGAACCAAAGCGUUGAAGUCGGAGCACCGGCGGUUUCUCUCCCGGUGUCGACGGCGAGCAGCUGCGGGAAUUUCAGCCAGCUGUCACCGUUCAGUGGAACUGCUUUACCGAGGACUAACACCUGUCCCCCGCCUCCGCUCCCCGUGACAGCGGUAGCAGGGUUCAGUCAAGCAGGAAAUAGCAGUGAGGUGUCUUUGGAGAGCGGAAGAAUGGAUCCUUUGUCAUCUGUAGGAUUUGCUCUUUCUCCGACCUCCGGAGCUCAAACCCCGCACCCGGUCAUCGCUAAACCUCCGGCCGUGGUGUCAGGUGCUGCCUCCGGAGCGCUGGAGCUCCGUCAGCGAACACGUAAUCAAUCAGGGUCUCCUGGGCCCGUGGUGUGUAAGAAGGUGCACUUCAUCAAGAACAUGCGGCAGUAUGACACUCGAGGCAGCAGGAUUGUUGUGAUCUGUGCCAAACGGUCUCUGUGUGCUGCUUUCUCUGUACUGCCCUAUGGGGAGAGUUUUCACAUCAGUGAGGAGGCCCAGAGACAGAGGAACCCAUCAGGAGGAACGGUUGAUAUGGUUCCUGUGUUGGAAGGUGUGGAACUGGGGGCUUUGGGGAAGACAGUAUCAUAUGCCCGGUUCCUACUUCCUACCAAUGCCCUGGUCAGGCAGAAAAGCAAUGUCCCUCUGGAUACGAGCACUGUUCAGACACCGAUGUCCCGAAACUGGAUAAACAGCCAGAAGAACUUCUGUCACCAACGUUUCUGUAGCGCUGUUGGACAAGAAGCUGGUGCGGAUGAAUUGACAGAUUACGACCCCAACCUGUUGAGUGAUCCUCAGUGGCCAUGUGGGAAGCACAAGAGGGUCUUAAUCUUUGGCUCUUAUGUGACAACUAUUAUUGAAUAUGUAAAACCAUCUGACCUGAAGAAGGACAUGAAUGAGACAUUCAAGGAAAAGUUUCCCCAUAUUAAGCUGACAUUGAGCAAGAUUAGAAGCUUGAAAAGAGACAUGCGUGCGGUGAGCGAGGAGUGUGGUCUACAGCCGGUUACCAUAGCGAUGGCCUAUGUGUACUUUGAGAAGCUGGUUCUGCAGGGUCGACUGAACAAGCCCAACAGAAAACUCGUAGCUGCGGUGUGUGUGCUGCUGGCAGCCAAGAUCAGCAGUGACCUCAAGAAACUGGAGGUCAAACAGCUGAUAGAUAAGCUGGAGGAGCGUUUUCGUAUAAGUCGUCGGGAGCUCAUUCCCCUGGAGUUCCCCGUUCUGGUUGCACUGGAAAUGGCUCUCUACCUCCCGGACAGUAAGGUGAUGCCACACUACCGCAGAUUGGUGCAGCAGGUGUAGAAUCAGAGAAAGACCCUCCAGCUGCUGCACCCUAAACAAAUGCAGUUAAACACAGGACUCUACUGACCUUAGUGUAUUCAGUUGUGUGAUAGUCCAAAAGCAUUUUCAGUCUUCCAUGUAGUAUAACCCUCAUGGUUGGUGUGCUGGUUAGUUUUGGAGCUGGACAUUAAUCAAUCUUAUAUUUUUUUCCAAAGUGUUUUUACUUAUGACUUUUUUAUCUCAUUUUUCUUCAAUAUAUUAUUUAUCAAUACAACUGUAUAUUUAUAGAUUCUAUCAAUAUGUGAUAUGUAUGGAGACUGACUGUGUUUUUCCUAAUUUAAGGUAAUGUGGAGUGUAUUUUCUGUGUUGUCUGUGUAACGUUCUCAAGCAUAUCCUGAAAAUGACUCUAUGUUAGAGGUAACAUUUCCCAGGCACGUUUUUUGUGCCGUCCUUUUCAGAUGUUCCAUGUGCUCCAUCUUGUUUCGUCGCUUUCCUUCUGUAGAUUGAGUGUGCAGUGAAAUGUUGUGUGAGCGGUGUACGUGAUUCUAAUGUUGAAAUGUUCUGUAGCUUUAGAUACGAGAGUGCCAAUUUAAUCAGGCCAGCCUGUAAUUAUUUGGUUGAAACGAGAUUAAAAGUUAUUAAUUUACAUUACUGUAUUGCACAAAGGAGUCUAAAAUGGAAACAUUAAGUGUGUAGUUUUGGAAACAGCACAAAGUGCAUGAUGGAAAGCAUUGUUGUGUGGACGUGGCUGUGCUCUGUGUGUAUAUAAUCACCACUGACUGAUAGGGGUUUAGUGGUUAGUCCAAACACUGUAGGGUAAAAGAUAAAUUGCCGUUUAUGAUCCUGUGGUCUGUUGAGUAACAGGUAAAACCAUCAGUGAGCCAAUGAUCUGUUUGUGUUGUAUUGUGAUGUACUGCAUUUGGUGCAAUGUGUACAUGUCUUAUGAGUGUACUGUAUGCUGUACAUAGUUUCACUUAUAUUAUCUGGAACGAAGACAGAAGUUGUAGCCUACAAAGUCCACAGUAGAUCAGGUUGAAACACUGUGAAUGACUGCUAUAAUUUAUUUUUCUAUAAUACAGGGCGUCCCAAAAGUCUCCAUACAUUGGGAAAAGUAACCCUUUUUUUAUACAUAAUGUAAGUGAAAAAUUUUGGGAGACAUGUUGCUAAAAAGUGUUCAUUUCCCCCUAUGUAUGGAGACUUUUGGGACACCUUGUAUUUAUCUAUGAACCAACAAGACGAAGUACAGUUGUAUUUUGAGGUACGCAGCUGUCAAGAAUUGACUGUGAUGGAUGAUGUCCAACACUUUUUCUCUCAGGGAGGGUAUCUGAUAUUAACACUUUCUUUGUGAACUGUAUGUCUUAUGCCUUUGUGAGCUUUGCAUCUUGUUUGUGUGAGAUUCUUAACAAGAGCAUUUUAAACUCUUGUUAGUAAAGUCAUUUAGAAAUAGCUAUUUAUUUUUUAACAUAAAUCUUUUUUAUUGCAGCAUGAAGUGCCUUGUUUAUUACACUGAUCACUUUGCUGCCGUGCCAUUAAUCAUCUUCUUCAUAAAUAUUUCUGUGACUCCACAAUAUUUUGUCACCAGCUUUGGAAAUAGUAAAACACCUCAGCUAGUCCAACAAUCUAGGAGUGUUGGAUGUCAGUUGGUCUGACACUGUAUAAUACACUGUGAGAUGUUGCAUGAAGAGAAAAACUGAGCACAUAUCUGUAUUUUGUGUAUUAAAACUUUUUGCCAAAAUACAUUUUUGAAUAUGACAUUAAGUGGUAGUUUAGUUUCUAUAUGAUGCCAAAAUGUUUUGUGCUGUAUGGAUGUGAUGUUUACAAAUAAAUAUUUUAACUGUUCAA